AUGAGAGAGAAGAGCAAGCCUUUCAGGAGUCUGACGACUGAUACCAAUGCUGGUAUAACGACAACUACGAUCACUGCCAGUGGUGGUGGAGUCAGUGGAGUGGUCACAUUGACAGUGAUCAAUGGACACAACAAUAACAACAACAACGAGACUUUGUUGGUCAAUGGCAACAUCGUCGGUACCAACGAUGACGACUCCCACAAGAGCAUGAAUAGCAGCAGCAGCAGCAACGGCAGCAUCAACGGGGGCACCAUGCGCACCAUCGUAACCACAACAUCGGGAGGCGGACAAGAGUACUUCAAGGAGCUCAUCACUCAGGCGCAGUCCAAGCAUAGCAAGAAGAGGGGUUCGGCCGCAGCCGAUCAGCAAGUCAUUCAAUCGCUGAGUAGCAAGUACACGAGACGAUCUUUGCGCGCAGCCGAGAACGCAUUUGGCGCCGCGUCAAAGGCCACGAGCGGCGAGGACUCUGAGAAGUCUGACUAUCCCUCCUCCGAAGUCGACGAGUAUGACAAGUCACAUGGUGAGGAGUCAAUGAACGAGGAAGACUCUGCGCCCGCCGUACCACCCAUCUCGAGCUUCAACUACAUGCUCAAUCCAUCCGGAAGGAGACGACAGAGACAGCAGCGUCCGUCAACAAAUUCGUCCUCGUCCUCUUCCAAGGGAAAGGAUGAAUCACCUGUAGAUAAAUCACAACAACAACAACAACAACAAAGAGAGAAGGACAACAAGGAAAAAGAGAAGGAGAAGGAGAAGGACAAGGAGACUGACAAAGAGACUGAGAAGGACAAGGAAGACGAGGAUGCUGAGGAUGAGAAGGAAGAGCAAUCACUAAGAGAAGUACAAAAACUUAUCAUAAGAGCACUGCGUGCAAACAAUGGAUCAGCUCCCCUAUCUCAAAUACAGGAGUUCUUGUCAGAUAAAUGGUACAACCUGAGGAAGAGAGAUGGAUCAAGAUAUACUUAUGAUCAUAAACGUGUGAUCGCUGCGACUCUAUCAAACACAGCGGCAGACAAUCCUUAUUAUCAACCGGACAAUUCAAAGGGUCCUGGAUGGUACUCGCUGGGCCCCCUAGGAAAGACGGUCGACCUGGCCAUCAAUGAUGGUGGUAGUGCUGGAGCCGAUGGCAAGAUGGAUGAGAGCAUGGAAAACAAGCAAGAGCAAGGGGAGGAGACUGUAAAUGAACAAACAACAACAACAAACAACAACAAGAGAGAAACGAGCCUGACCACUGAUGUUAAGUUCGAACAGCAAUCAGCAUCAACAACAACACCAACCACUACGACUACCACAACUACAACGACGACCACAUCUACGACUACGACAAAAGACACAGAGCCAAUGGACACAGAGCCAUCAUCAUCAACCACCGAGGUUAAGAAGGAGGCGGCUGUGACGCCAACCAUCAUCAAGACGCAGCCACUGAGUAGGAAGAAGAGAACAUCGCACCCCAAGCAAGAGGCAGGCACCAGCCUGCCCACAGCCUCACCGCCCUCUACACCGAACAAGCUAGAGUCGCCUCCAUCCGAGCCUGUUCAGGUUUCCAUCGACACAAAGACUGAGACUGCUAAUGGCGUGGCUGAAGCCGAGAACAACACCAACAACAACAACAAUAAUGGCAAGCAGCCACACACACCACUGCGACGCAAGUUUAGCAGUCGUAAGAGGAAGACCACCACGACAGUCGACGACGAGACAUCCUCAAAACAAAGCAACACAACUCCUCCAAUGCUCAAUGACGACGAAGGCAAGCAGGAUAACAACAACAACAACAAAAUUGAUGACGACACGAACAAGACCGAGAACAACAACAACGCUGAUGCUGAUCUAGACACCAGUGUCUACGAGACGCCUACGAAGAAGACAAGGAAGGGCAAGCCGUCUCCGAAGCUUGUGGCACAGGCAAAGGCAGAGGCAGAGGCAGAGGCAGAGCAAGAACAAGAGCAAGAACAAGAGCAAGAGGCACCACAACCAGAGGCACCACAACCACCGAAACAACAUCAACCAAUCAGACGAAGGAAAGGAAUGAGCAAGAUCAGUCUGCAACCACCGAAGCAACAACAGCCAGUCGAGGAUGAGGUUGUCGAGGAGGCCGAGACCAAGUCCUCACACUCGGAUCAGUCAAACGACGAGGCUGACGACGAUGAUGGCGACGACGACUCCUCAUCGUCAUCCUCUGAUGAGACUCGAGCGGCAGGUGACCCAUCACACAUCCUAGACCUGGCAGCAAUGGCGAUCAGAGAGAACGGUGGUCUUUGUUCACUGGACAAAAUCCUACAUUAUAUCAAAGAGUAUCUACAAACAUUGCACUGUACAAUUAAUCCCAACCUCUCAAUCAAGACGAUCAGACUCACCAAGGAUUUGCCAGCUUUGGACGACAACUAUUUAUCAGACAAUUUAGUAAAGGGGAUGAGCGAGUUCCCGACGAGGUUCACGCGCGAUCCCAACCUGCACACCAAUUGGCAAAUCAAGUCUGCCAAUUGCCAUUCGAUGCGAUCGUCUGCCAGGACGGUCUCGCCUCCCUUCCAAUCACAGAGGCCAUCAAGGCGGAGGAGUACCACAGUCAACAACAACAACAACAACAACAGUAACACGUCCAGCAGCAGCAGUAGUAAGGCCAAGUCAAAUCACAAUGAUCACUCGACGACCACGACUUCCAGCAGUAUCAUCGGCAGCACCAGGUCAUCAAGGGCAAAGAAAUAG